AUGUCACCCUACUGGCCGGUUGGAGAGCUAGCCUUCGUGAUUACCAGAAAGAGAACGCUUUGUAUUCUAUGGAUUGGAGUCUGUGUUUCCGUCAUACUGCAUUUUGCGAUCGGUAACUUACGCGUCAAGUUACGAGUAUCAUCGAGCAGUCAUACCGUGAUACCUGGCCCAACUAUGGUUUCAAGAAAGGAAAUACGAAGAUUUAGGUCUUCUGUUAACAGUAUUAUCCUUGCAAAGAACAACAUUGUUCUCGGUGAGCGACUAACAUACUCUUCAAUCCAACGUGAGCAUUUCCACAUAUCCGCCAAAUUGUACAACAUUCUCCCCACGACAUCCAGUGUUGUUGAUAGACGGCACAGGUCAUGUAGCGUGGUUGGUAAUAGUGGUAUUAUCCUAGGUAGCGGCUGUGGACGGAGAAUAGACAAAGCCGAGUACGUUUACAGGUGUAAUGCUGCCCCAAUCAAUCCACAUGUAAAAGACGCUGGAAGGAAAAGCAAUUUUGUAACAUUUAACAGGUCAAUUAUGCACAAAAGAUAUGGCGGACUUCGUACCGUACAGAAUCGUACGAAACUAAAGAAUGAAAUCAACGGCCAUAAUCUAAUAUGGCUGCCUGUUUAUAGUCAACCCAGUAUCGCCAACAGCUACAUUACCCUGGCCUAUUUACUGCGUUAUUUCAACAUACCGGUGGUGGUUAUGCACCCGACUCAUAUGAUAGAAACACGAAGACAUUGGAAGAAGUGGGGAAUAAAUAAAAUAAUGAGCACAGGUUUCUACCUGGUGUCAGUAGCCAUUGAAUUAUGCGACGAAGUACAAUUAUACGGAUUCUGGCCGUUUACCGUGUCACCGAGGGGAAAGCCCGUGUCCUACCACUAUUACGAUGAUCUUAACUUUACAACUACUCACAAUUUCUCAGCCGAGUUCGACGUCUUGGUGAAACUUCACGAGCUAGGAGUUGUGGAACUUAACGUUGACUGUCACUAA